CACACCCUUUCUGGGCGGUGCAAUGCUUAAUAGGCUAUACUCUUAUCUAUCCUGAGGGAGUUGCAGUGAUCCUCCUAGCUACAUUUUCCCCAGCAGAUCCGAGCAGAUUAGAUGUGUUUGUCAUUGGAAAGGGUUUCAUUUCUAUACAGUAAGUACUGUCUAUCAACAGAUAACAGAUUAACAUAUAUAUUUACUAUUAACAGAUGGUUGUUCUACGAAUAAGGAAAGCCCACAAAAGACGUUAUGCACUUCUAUGUUUGAGCAUUGUUGGCUUCAUCAUGUACCGGUACCUGGGUACUGCGCCCGGAGGCAGGAGAAUGAGCAGGAGAGUAGGUUUGAGUGCCAACUCGUCCCAGUUCACCUUGGAGGGAGAAACAUUCCGUAUUCUGGGGGGAUCCGUCCACUACUUCCGGGUCCCUAGAGCCUACUGGAGAGACCGCCUGAUGAAAAUGAAGGCUUGUGGCAUCAACACCCUCACUACAUAUGUACCAUGGAGCUUACAUCAGCCAGAGAGAGGGGUUUUCCACUUCCAAACAGAGUUGGAUUUAGAAGCCUACAUUAACUUGGCUGCUGAGGUAGGACUCUGGGUGAUCCUGCGUCCAGGGCCAUACAUUUGCUCUGAGCUCGACCUAGGAGGGCUGCCGAGUUGGCUUCUUCGUGACGAGAGUAUGAGGUUGAGGACUACUCACCCAGGAUUUGCUGAGGCAGUCAAUACGUUCUUUGACAAGCUCAUUCCAAAAGUGGUUCCUCUACAGUUCAAGAAAGGAGGGCCCAUCAUUGCUGUACAGUUGGAAAAUGAAUAUGGAUCAUUUGCAAUGGAUAACACUUACAUGCCUUUCAUCAAGGAGGCUCUACAGUCCAGAGGAAUCAAUGAGCUCUUACUGACGUCAGAUAACCAUGAGGGAUUAAAAGAAGGGGGUGUGACGGGAGUAAUCAGAACAGUGAAUCUACAGAAACUAAAUCAGGGGGACAUCAAGUAUUUGAAUGCUAUUCAGCCCAAUAGCCCCAUGAUGGUGAUGGAGUGCUGGACAGGCUGGUUUGAUGCAUGGGGAGACCUCCACCAUGUCCUCGCUCAAGAGGAUAUGGUUUCUGCUGUACGGGAGAUUCUGAGACGCGGCAUGUCCAUCAACCUGUACAUGUUCCACGGAGGGACUAACUUUGGCUUCAUGAGUGGAGCACUGACAAACCCAAUCUACAAGGCACUAAUCACAAGCUAUGAUUAUGAUGCACCUCUGUCCGAAUCGGGAGAAUACACGCCAAAGUAUCACCUUCUCAGGGAUCUAUUCAGUCAGUACCACAGUGAGAAGCUCCCUGAUAUGCCAGCCCUGCGUUGGAAGGAGACGUAUGAGCCAGCCAUCAUGUACCAGCACCUCUCUCUGUGGGACGCCUUGACCUUCGCUGAGGAGCCAUUUAAAUCACCAACCCCAGUCAACAUGGAGAAUCUCCCAGUGAACAGUGGGAAUGGCCAGUCCUAUGGCUAUACCCUCUAUGAGACCAUUAUAACCAGUGGAGGCUCCCUCAAGUCUGGAGACAAUGUACGGGACAGAGCCCUGGUGUUUGUGGACAGACACUACAUUGGCAUUUUCAAGCAUCAGAAUCUGGAGCUAGCGGUGCCUGAUGGAAAGGAGAAACGGACAUUGAGCUUACUGGUUGAGAACUGUGGACGAGUUCACUAUGGGAAAGCUCUAGAUAAACAGCGCAAAGGUCUCGUAGGUGACAUUCUAUUGAACAACAGUCCUUUGAGGGACUUCACGAUAUACAGUCUGGAUAUGAAAACCAGCUUUAUUGAUAGCCUCAACCAGGCGCCUUGGAUGUCCCUUCCGCACGUUCCCAGUUUCCCUGGAUUCUUCCUGGGAAGAAUGUUUACCUACGGCUAUCCAAGUGACACCUUCGUCAAGCUACCAGGCUGGGGCAAAGGGGUGGUCUUCAUCAAUGGUUUGAACCUGGGGCGCCACUGGUAUAUCGGCCCCCAGCAAACACUCUACCUCCCAGGACCUUUUCUCAACAGUGGAGUAAACCAGGUCAUUGUGUUUGAAGAGCAGGAAGCUGAUUAUAAAAUCACGUUUGAAGAGACUCCUGAUCUGGGCAUGGCUGUGGACAUUCAGUAACUGCAUUCCCAAGCUACUGUACUUUUAAUAAACAAUAAUACUGG